AUGCGAAUUGUGGUAUCUACUUUGAGUAGAAGCCGUAGAAUACAAUUUAUAUGCGAAGUUGAUUUCUCUACUUUGACUAGAAGCCGUAGAAUACAAUUUAUAUGCGAAGUUGUGGUAUCUACUUUGAGUAGAAGCCGUAGAAUACAAUUCAUAUGCGAAGUUGUUUUCUCUACUUCGACUAGAAGUCGUAGAAUACAAUUCAUAUGCGAAGUUGUGGUAUCUACUUUGAGUAGAAGCCGUAGAAUACAAUUUAUAUGCGAAGUUGUGGUAUCUACUUUGAGUAGAAGCCGUAGAAUACAAUUCAUAUGCGAAGUUGUUUUCCCUACUUCGACUAGAAGCCGUAGAAUACAAUUUAUAUCCGAAGUUGUGGUAUCUACUUUGAGUAGAAGCCGUAGAAUACAAUUUAUAUGCGAAGUUGUGGUAUCUACUUUGAGUAGAAGCCGUAGAAUACAAUUUAUAUGCGAAGUUGUGGUAUCUACUUUGAGUAGAAUCCGUAGAAUACAAUUCAUAUGCGAAGUUCUUUCUCUUUAUUUCAUUGCUGUUAAAUAUAACUUUCAGGCAUGGAGUUCUUUUUUCUCUUUCUUUCUUUCUUUCUUUCUUUCUUUCUUUCUUUCUUUCUUUUUCUUUCUUUCUUUCUUUCCCUCGUGA